ACAGGCCGCUUCAGCCAAUCAGAGGCGGUUUCAAAGCGACUCGAUGAAGGCGCUUUUCCGAGGGAGCCAAUCAGCGUCGAGAGAGGGAGGGUCGUGGGGGCGACGCUGCUUGCUGCCGGGGAAACGGAGUUCCGAUUGCGGACGGAUUGUGCCGGUGGACUCGAAACUCCCGCCAUUUCGACAAGGAAUUAACCUCUUGAUUGAUCCAGGUUACUUUUUUUGGAACACUUGCUUUAUUCUCUCGCCCGGUAACGAGAAGCUCCGGCAGGACGAACAUGUUCCGGGUACCGCGGGUCCAACGAUAAACGGCCUAGUUUGCCAAGACUUUGGAUUCUUCAGCGCGCGCCAUAACCUCCUCUGAUCUCUGGCGGUUGCCGCGAGUUUGAGUCCCGUGUGUUCUUCCAUGUUCACCCGGAGGAGCUGAAAGUUUACUAACUACACGGAGGGACACGUCCGGGCCACCGGCUCUCCAUCCGAGGCAUUCCCGUGCAGCCAGCAUGGCCCCGCUGCCCCCGCGGAGCAGCAGGAUGCGAUGAGGCGGACAGAAGCGCUCUGUUAUUGUUUUGCAACGAGUUAGCAUUGCGGCCCGUUUCGCGUUAGCUCGUCGGCUAACGGCCACACGCUGGAGCCGGGCCUGCCGGCGGGAACGUGAGGCGCUGCGAUACUUCGGGGACUGAUAGCAUACAUGCUAAGGACCUAUCAUUCCAUAUUGUUGUACUAGUUUGUUGACGGUCGAUUUAAUUCUACCGUCGGGCUCCCCGGGGCCGCUCCGUGCAUUCGACAUGGCCCCGCUGUUAGGCCGGAAGCCGUAUCCGCUGGCUAAGCCGCUAGCCGAGCCACCGGGCCCGGGAGAGGAGGUCUACACCGUGGAGCACACCAAGGAGGCCUUCAGGAACAAAGAAGAGUUUGAGACGCGCUUGCAGAGGUACAGCGAGCACAUCUGGACAUGCAAGAGCACCGGCAGCAGCCAGCUCACUCACAGCGAGGCGUGGGAGGAGGAACAGGAAGUCACCGAACUGCUUCAGGAGGAGUAUCCCCAGUGGUUCGAGAAGCCGGUCCUGGAGAUGGUCCACCACAACACGGUGUCUCUAGACAAGCUGGUGGAAAUGGCCUGGCUCGAAAUCCUCACCAAAUAUGCUGUGGAUGAAGAGUGUGACUUCCUGGUGGGGAAGGAGAAGAGCCUGCAGGUGAAGGUGGUGAAGAUCCAUCCCCUCGACAACCCGGAGGGCGAGUCGGGGGAGAAGAAGCUGGAAGGCGCCUGUGACUCUCCGUCCAGCGACAAGGAGAACGCCAGCCAGGAGAACCAGAGGAAAGAGCCUCCCCCCAGAGAAGAAGACAACCGGCGGGAGAGUCUCAGUGAGCGAGCACGCCGCUCGCCAAGGAAACUUCCCAUCGCCUUGAAGGAGGAGAAGAAGAGAUGGGUGAUGCCCAAAUUCCUCCCCCAUAAGUACGACGUGAAGCUCGUCAAUGAGGACAAGGUGAUCAGCGACGUCCCCGCCGACAGCCUCUACCGGACGGAGCGUCCUCCCACCAAGGAGAUCAUGCGCUACUUCAUCAGGCACUACGCCCUGAGGCUGGGCAUGGGCGAGAGCGCCCCCUGGGUGGUGGAGGAUGAACUGGUGAAGAAAUUUAACUUGCCCAGCAAAUUCAGCGACUUUCUUCUGGAUCCACACAAGUUUUUAGCAGAGAAUCCGUCUGCAAAGCGGAAGAGCUUGUCAUCUCCAGAGGGAAAACCCAACAAGAGGCCGAAGGCCCCCGACAUGCCGGGGGAGGACUCUGGAAACGAGAAGGCCGAGAAGAAGAAGAGGAGGAGAAAGAAGGACUCGUUGGGAAUGCCGCUCAGCCCAACCAUCUGGGGCCACAUGCAGAAGAUGAAUGGCUCUCCACUUAAGAUGAAGAACUCCGGAACCCCAAAGAAAGGAGACGGCAAAGGCUCAGCUCCCUCCACGCCCAAGUCCAGCCGGAAGUCCGGGGACAAGAAGGACGGAAUGAAGACGGGAAAGAGCGCCGACAAGAAGCUGAACGUCCUCAAAGCGUCCGGGAAGGACGGGAAAGCUGCAGCCAAGAGCCCGAAGAUGAAGCAGAUGACUCUGCUGCACCUGGCCAAGAGCACGGUGGCCGGCAGCCCCAAGAAGAGGGUCCGCGGCGCCGCCGGCGGCACGGGGACGCCCAAGCUGGGCAAGCCUCUGCACCCCAUGGCCCUGCACCUCCUCCGCUACUACAAGGAGAACAAGGGCAAGGAGGACAAGAGGAACUCCCUCUCCUCCCUCAUCUCCAAGGCGGCAAAGGCCUUGUCCCCGGAGGACCGGGGCCGGCUGCCGGAGGAGCUCCGGGAGCUGGUGCACAAGCGCUGGGAACUCCUGGAGCAGAAGAAGAGGUGGGCGGCCAUGAGCGAGGAGGAGAAGCAGGAGGAGAUGAAGAAGAAACGCGAGGAGAUCAAGGAGAAGCUGCGCGAGAAGGCCAAAGAGCGGCGGGAGAAGGAGACGCUGGUCCGCCGAGCGCUGUCCCGCCGCUACGAGGACCAGGACAUCCGGGGGGGGCGGAGCCUGCCAGGCUUCCGGCUGGUGGACACGCCGGAGGGGCUGCCCAACGCGCUGUUCGGCGACGUGGCCAUGGUGGUGGACUUCCUGCACUGCUACGCCGGGCUGCUGAUGCCCGACGGCCAGUACCCCGUCACGGCCGUGGCGCUGAUGGAGGCGCUGGCGGGCGAGCGCUCCGGCUUCCUGUACCUGAACCGCGUGCUGGUGGUGCUGCUGCAGACGCUGCUGCAGGACGAGCUGGCCGAGGGCUACGGCGAGCUGGACAUCCCGCUGUCCGAGAUCCCGCUCACCAUGCACUCGGCGUCGGAGCUGGCCCGGCUGUGCCUGAGGCCGUGCGACGCCCACGGCGAGGAGAGCAACCGGGGCUCGCUGGACGCCGCGCCGGCCGGCUUCGACGACGUGGUGACCAGCGAGUUCCUGGAGAAGCUGGAGACCGUGGAGGUGUUCGAGCUCGGCCCCGAGGAGAAGGUCGGCCUGCUGGUGGCGCUGUGCCACCGCAUCCUCAUGACCUACUCGGUGGAGGACCACGUGGACGCCAUGCAGCAGCGCUCGGCCGAGGUGUGGAAGGAGCGCCUGGCCGUGCUGAAGGAGGCCAACGACCGCAAGAGGGCCGAGAAGCAGCUGAGGAAGGAGAUGGAGGUCAAAGGCGAGAAAAAGAAAGACGGAGGUGUGAAGAAGGAGGUGAAGAAGGAAGUGAAGGUGGAGCCUGAGCCGGAGGACAUGAUCAGCUCGGUGAAGAGCCGGCGGCUCAUGAGCAUGCAGGCCAAGAAGGAGAAGGAGGAGACGGACCGGCAGAACAAAGAGCGCAUGGAGAAGGGUGCUGAGGAGGAGCGGGUGCGUAAGCAGCGGGCGUCGGUAGAGAAGGCUUUUCAGGAAGGCAUCACCAAGGCCCGCCUCGUCACCCGCAGGACCCCGCUGGGAACGGACCGGAACCACAACCGAUAUUGGAUUUUCUCUGACGUGGUCCCCGGCCUCUACAUUGAGAAGGGCUGGGUGCCCGAGAGCAUCGAGUACCACUUCGCCCCCCCGCCCGAGGAGGAGGCAGCCGAGGAGGAGGAGGAGGAGGAGGAAGAGGACGGAGAGUCGGCCGCUGCGCAGGAUUCACAAGGAGCUGAGAAGGACGAUGGCAGCACAGAGGGUGCAGUUGGGGAGGGAGCCCAGCAGGGGGCAGCAGACGUCUGCAUAGAAACUACCAUUCCUAACCAAGGACAGAACCUCUGGUUCAUCUGUGACAACACGGCGGAGCUGGAGCAGCUGGUGGAGAGCCUCCACCCUCAGGGGGUAAGGGAGAGCAACCUGAAGGCCAAGAUCCAGAGCAGGUACCAGGACAUCCUCCACUCGGUGCACCUGACCCGCAAGGCCAAGCUGGGCCUCCGGACCUGCGACGGCGACUCGGAGCUGCUCAGCUACCUGCGCAGCGACAUCCAGGAGGUGGCCUCCCGCCUCCACAAGGGGGGCCUGGGCUACCUGGACGACUACGUCGACCUCGAGGAGCAGCUGAAGGACACGGAGGACCUGAAGGCCUUCGGCGAGUGCAUCAUCACCAUCCAGGCCUGCGUCAUCAAGAAGUUCCUGCAGGGCUUCAUGGCGCCCAAGCAGAAGAAGAAGAAGAGGCAGGCGGGCGAGGAGAGCGGCGGCAGCAAGGCGGAGGAGCUGGACGACGAGAAGCGGCUGGCGGAGGAGGCGCGGGUGGCCACGGCGGUGGAGAAGUGGAAGACGGCCCUCCGAGAGGCGCUGACCUUCUCCCGCACGCACGUCCUGCUGGGCAUGCUGGACGCCUGCAUCAAAUGGGACAUGUCGGCCGAGAACGCUCGCUGCAAAGUCUGCAGGAGGAAAGGUGACGAUGAGAAGCUGAUCCUGUGUGACGAGUGCAACAAGGCCUUCCACCUGUUCUGCCUGCGCCCGGCGCUGUACGGCAUCCCCACCGGGGAGUGGCUAUGCCCGGCCUGCCAGCCCACGGUGGCCCGGCGGGGGUCCCGGUCCAGGAACUACAACCAGGACACGGAAGAAGAGGAAGACGAGGAGGAGUCAGAGAAGGAGGAGUCAGAGGAGGAGUCAGAGGAGGAGAACGACUACAAGGCCACGGGUCACAGCUUGAGACCGAGGAAGAAGAACAAGCCCUCGUCUUCAUCGCGGCAGAAGGUUUCAAAAAGCAAAGCCAGGAAGUCGACGUCCUCCAAGCCGCCGAGGUCCGGCCCCGCCAGCCCGGCAGACAUCGAGGAGCUGGUCAGACAGAGCUCCCAGAGCGGCGUGCGCAGGCAGGUGGUGGAGCUGGAGAAGUGCGAAGAAAUCCUCAAGAAACUGAUCAAGUUCCGCUACAGCUGGCCCUUCAGGGAGCCCGUGUCGGCAGAGGAGGCCGAGGACUACCUGGACAUCAUUUCCCAGCCCAUGGACUUCAGCUCCAUGCUGGCGAAGCUGCGCCGGGCGUUGUACCGACACCCUCAGGACUUCCUGGAGGACCUGAAGCUGGUGUUCUCCAACGCGGAGCGGUACAACCGGCCGGGCAGCGGCGUGCUGCUCUGCCUGAGCCGCACGGAGCGCAGCUUCACCGAGCUGCUCGCCAAGCUGCUGCCCGGCCGCGCCUACCUGCGGCGCCGCGCGCGCAAACGCAUCAGCCAGGCGCCCGCCACGUCGGAGGAGGAGGAGGAGGAGGAGGAGGAGGAGGAGGAGGAGGAGGAGGAGGAGGAGGAGGAGGAGGAGGAGGAACCAAAGAAAAAAAUGCAGAACGGCAAAUCGAACGGAAAGAAAAGCAGAAAUGCUCGAGGACGAAGAGAGGAGGAGAGUGAGGAGGAGGAGGAGGAGGAAGAAGAAGAUGAUGGCGGCCAGAGGAGGAGUAAGAGGACCUCCACCGCCUCAGGUAGGAGGGAUUACAGGGAGCAGGAGAGCGACGGCGAGCAGGACACUCGGAGAACUCGUCAGCGAGGGGGGCGGGGCCUCGAGGGGGGGGCGGGCCGCCAGCAGGACCUGUCCUCCAAUCAGCAGCAGCGACAUUCCAAGAGACAGAAACGCUCAUGAGGUCCACGGAGUCGUCGUUGUUGUUUGUUGUCUCUUUGCUUUCACAUUUCUGUCCCGCUGUUCUAGAAGUGAUCAAGAUCCUCCUCUUCCUCCCUCUUCCUCCCUCCUCCUCACAGCGAGCGGGACUUAACCCUCAGACGGACUUCUCUCUCUCUCUCUUUCUUCUGUUUUUGAAUUUUUUUUCAUAUUUUGAAAAACGACAAAAGAGAACCGAUUUAUAUUUGUACGUCAUCUUUCUGCUUAUUUUUUCAACCAAGAAAUUGAGAUACGGAGAUGAGGGAUGGAUCCUCGUCGCUCUUGAUACUCUUUGAUUUGACAUCACACACACACGCGUGUCGUUGACUGGGAGGUGGCCUCCAUGUAGCCGAGCCCCUCUGGGAACUCUUUGUUUACCGCUCUCUCUCCAGGUCUUCAGGUCUCAUGUGGUCCUCCUGCCAGAGGUCUGGUAAAGCUCUUGGACCCCGUAGUGUACGACUCUAAAGAAGCGGUACCUCUCGUCACUCCAGUGUCACGUCGUCAUUAUUAAUACUUUAUUAUUUUCAUGCCGCUGCAGGUCGUCGUUGGAAUUAUGAAACGCAAACGUGACUUUAGUUUAAAGAAAAUGGGCUUUUCUGAAUAUUUGAUAUUUCCGUUUGCACAUUUGGUUUUGUAAACGAAGACUUGUUGAUCUUAAUCAUUAAAUACAUGUUGAGGCUCCUCCUACUUCUCAUUUAUAAUUUAGUCUUACAAAACUUUAAAACCCUCUGAGGGUCAAACGGCUCCUGAAGGCGGCCCUGCGCCCCCCGGUUCAGCCACCAGGGGGCGCUGUCGCCCUCUGACGGCACGCAGGAGCUUCCUGCUGGACUAACUCCACGACUUGAUUCAUAAUAACUUCACAUUUAGAAAGUGCAGUUAGUGGUGAGGUUCCAGGAUAGAUAGAUAUUAUAAUAUAUAUAUAUCCGUAUCUCCUGCCAGGCUCUGGUGGUUUCACCGUCUCUUCUGAUUCUCUCGUCCUCUGAUUGUUUUCACCCGUUCUUCUUUUCUUUGACUCCUUCGUUUAAAUCUCUGAACUCUUUUGGACAAACAAAAGCUGACGACCUUCUCAAGUUGAGAGCCGACUGUAAAUGCUUUCUUUGUUCUUUCAGGGAACUCUAAAGUCUUUUACACUUCCUGUUUUAUAUAUAUAUAUAUAUUUAUAGUCUGGGAGGUGAGGAAGAUUCUCUUGUAAAGAAUUUCCAAUAAAGGCUUUGGACAAGA